CUGCAAAAAGGUGUCGAAGCAACGUUGGUUGGUGCAUCGUUUAAAUUUGCUUGUUUUCGAUAAAUCAAUCACCUUCUCGCGAAUAAAAAUAUCGCUGAAGGGGAAAUCUGUGCUGUCCGAUGCAGUAAACAGUGGAGAUCGGUAGUGAAAAGUUAAAUUUCUGUGCUUUUCGGCGUUAUAAAUAUCCUGCACCCCAGCAGGGUGUUGCGAAAAUCAAAGAUGGACGACAAACGCGAUGGCAAAAAGAAAGACAAGAAGGUACGGAAAUCGCGUAGCCGUAGUCGUGACAAACGACGCACGCCAUCCCGAAGUCCAAGCUACGGUCGGCGAAGACGAGAACGGAGUCGUAGUCGGGAUCGUAUCCGAAGGCGGUCGCCAAGUCCCCCGCCGAUGAGAAGACGUGGCCGAGGACGUCGUAGUCCAAGUCCUCCGCCUCCUCCGUCGAUGCAGGUUCCACCUCCGCCGAUGAUUGGGAAUCCAGCUGCGACGGCUGCCGCUGCCUACAUGGGAGCAGGUCCACCGAUGUACGAUGCGUAUGGCGGGUAUGCUGCUCCGCCACCGCCGGCUCCCGGUGGCUACAUGGGUGACAUGGGUGACAUGGGUGGCGGCUAUGGAGGGUAUGAUUAUGGUGCACCGGGAGGGCCUCCUCCCGAUGGUUACGGUGGAAUGAUGACCGCACCGGGGGGGAUGAUGAUGGGGCAACCGGGACCUCCUGGGGAGGAAUAUGGUGCAGCGGGUUGGAAUACGGCCCCACCACCGGUGGUGCAAGAAACCGAAGAGGAAAAGCGAAAGCGUGAAGCUGCCAUUGCUUUGGAGGUUAGAAAUCAGCGUGCCUCGUUGAAGAAGCAACGAGACGAUUAUCGACGCCGUGCGGGUGCCCUGAAACGGGAGCUGAAAACUCUCAAGCAACAGAGGUCCGAUUUGUGCUCGGGUCGAGAUCCGCCAUCACCGACGACAAACAGUUUCGUCAAGGAGAACGAUAAGCUUCAGUCCCAGAUCCAGAGCAAGAUCAGUACGAUUGAGAAUGUGAUCGACAUGUUGGAUGGCAUUAUCGGGAAGGACAAGACGCCGACGCCUCCGCCGCCGCCCAUCAGCGAAACGCCCAAGGAGCGGAACAAAUCGUCCAAGAGUCCGAGCAAGGAGCGGAAACGGUCGGAAUCCGGUUCGCCGGAGCGCCUGAAGAAAGAGGUGCUCCAGACGAUGAAGCGCGGAAAGGACAAGAAGGAUCAAAAAUCCGGCGUAAAAGCCGAAUCGAACGAUACGGAUCGUAAGCGUAAACCGGAGUUCAACUUCAUUUACUACGACCCGGAACUGCACUGGUGUUCGGCGUGUGACAUCUUUCCCAAAACGGCCAAGGACUACCUGAACCAUCUGCACGCGGAACAGCACCGGUCGAAGAUGACCGGGGACGUGGUGAAGGACUUUCCCUGGCGCGAGAAGCAACCGCCGGAGGAAACGAAAACCGAUCCGGACCUACCGAGCAAGCGGACUCCCAUCCGUGGCCUGCAGUUCUUCGUACCGGCCACGGCUUGGUACUGCAAGAUUUGCGACUACUGGAUGGGCGACCUGCCCAGUGCUUCGUUGCAUCUCAAAUCCCAGCGGCACAGCGACAACUACGGGGACUUCAUCGAUUCCCAUGCCAACUUCGAGAUCGAUUGGAUGUCCGACCGGCAGAAGGCUUACGAGAAGAUGCGUGAUACCGAUCGACAGCAGCAACAGCAGCAGCAGCAAGCGAGCGCAACCACCGAGGAUGGCGCACCGGCAGCAGCCAAGGUUCCAUCGGGAGAGGGUGAUGUAGAUUUUCUAACCGGAAGUUCAUUACAGAAGGAAUCCAGCGAUGGCCACAAGAAGCGCAAGAAGAGCAAAGAGGAGAAGAAGGAUAAAAAGAAAAAGAAACGUUCCAAGAAAAAGAAGAAACGGGCGGCUUCGUCGAGCAGUUCGAGUUCCAGUUCGGAUUCGGAUUCGGACUCGGAUCACAAGAGUGGCAAAGGGGAGGGAUUCGAUCCGGCUACGUCGAUUCGCGUAGCGAUGCGGAACUUGCUGAAGGCUCAGGAAGCUGUAAAGGAUGUCCACCAUGUGGAGGAAUCGGCGGCUGGAAAGUGGACCGUAGUUCAGACGGCUUCAGCUUCCAAGGAUCUGUCCGCUCCGCCACCUCCGUUCAUGACCGACGGUGCCGAAAGCCGUGAAAAAAAGCGGGAUGAGUUGAUGAUUUCACAGUGGGUAACUCCGGAUCCGAUCAUCUCCGAGUCGGAAAAGAAGCUGCUGGAGCAGUUGAAAGGUAAGUUGAAGAAACGAGAUGACGCACCUUCGGGUACAGGUCGCCAUCAGGACGAUCGGUCGGAGGAUAACCGAGGUCGAGGUGGAAAUAGGCGUAGCAAAUCACCGACUCCGCCAUGGCGACGAGGUAGUCGGAGUCCUGGGCGACGUGGCAACACUCGAAGUCCGAUAAGACGUGUGAGUCGAAGCCCGAUGCGGCGAGGAAAUUUCGCUGGCAGGGAUAGACGCAGUCCCAUGGACCGAAGACGGGACCGGGACUUUGAUCGGGGGCGUUUCGACAGAAGAAGGCGUAGUCGUUCCCGGGGCAGACGAAGUCCAAGCUAUGGUCGAGGUAGAUUCCGUAUGAGGAGGUCCUUCUCAAGAUCGAGAUCCAGGUCUCGGUCACGAUCUCGCUCGCGUGGACGACGGGUGAUCGAAAAACCGGUGGUCAACUUCCCUCCGGAACCGAAACCCAAACCGGAAAAGAAGGUGAAAGAGAAAAGGGAUGACGACAAAAAAGAAAAGAAACAUGUUUCCAUGGCUAUUGGCCAGAAGAAGUUGCCAUUCAUUGGCAGAAUGCCAGUAUUCAAAAAACAGCAGCAGGAAGCUAAGAAGGAGGAAUUUAUUCCUGCUGAAAAACCUGUCGGACCAACCGCCGUCAGUGUGGAGAAUGGAACCAAGCUACAGCCGGAAGAGUUCGUCGACAUGAUGCCUGAUCCGUAUCAGUAUGUUGCGUUGAUGGGUGCACCUCCACCACCACCAGCCCAUCCGACUAAACCGGAUGAGAGUAUGCUUCCACCGGGAAUCGACGAAGCGGAUGCUGAUCUCGCUCCGAAGCCAAUCAGCGAUGCUCCGAUCCCUCGCAAAGGACCACUGCCGAAAGAUUUCCAGGAAGCCCUGGAUAUCCUCUUUGACGGCGACAAGCCCAAACCGGCGGAGAUGAUUGCCAACGAGACCAAACCUCAGGAAAUAAUCGUCCCGGCUCCUGUGCCGGUCAUCGAUACCGACCAACCGCAGAUGAUUGUCCCGGAAGCUAUCGAAAUCUACAACCAGCAGAUAGCCGCCCAGUACAGCACGGCCGUUGUAUCGGCGCCGGCCGUUUCCUACGAUGACGAGUCGCAGAACCAACCACUGGACAUGGUAUCGUCGGUUGACAUGAAUGUGGACCACUCGUCAGAAUCGUUACCGUUGGAAGGUUCCCCACUGGAUGAUAACAACGACGACGGAAGUGGCGAAAUGGACUCGUUGCCACCGGCUCCUCCUCCACCGGAGAUUGAAAAUGAGGAAACGCGAAGGAAGCGUGCCGAGCUGGAGGAACUGGCCAUGCUGGGGAUAGAUGCGGACGAUAUGGCGGCGCAAAUUUUCUAAUCAUUACACUAGCAUAGAUUAUCCAUCCUAACACAUGGUUUGUAGGUUCUAGGUUCCUUGUGCUGCCAUGUGGAUGCACGGUUUUGCAGACUUCGGCACUUUAAUCAGUACACCAAACUACCUACAUUGAUGUUUUGUAAGUUUUGCUCCUUUUUUUAUAACAUUCAAAGAAUACCCGAUUAAGGCAGGCAUCAACAAAUGGUCCAAAUAGACUGUUGAAGAC